AUGGACAUCUGCGAUCCAACGGAAAUAUUCAGAUGUGGACAUUGUUCCAAAGUUCUUGGAACAAUCAAUGAUAUCAUUGAACAUGAUUUAUGUGCUAAACAUUCAUGUUUUGCUUAUCAUGAUAACAUAGAAAUAGAUCCAGAAAGCAAAUUGGUUUUAGUAAAGAAACUUCCUCUCACAAUCCCCAAAGAAGUGCUCAUCUCACAUACUGCCGGUCCAAGUACAUCAACAUCAAAACCAUUGGGUGAAACGAGGGGUGGAACUGGCGGAAGUCAAAUGAAUUAA